AUGCACUUCCAACAAGUGGUGGCCUAUUGGCCACUAUUGCUUGGAUUGAGCCAAGCAGCGGAGGAGAAGCACUCGCAAUUUGAUGUCCUGGACUACGUUGAUCCGUUGAUUGGAACUGCAAACGGAGGCCACGUCUUUCCCGGCGCAAGUCUUCCAUAUGGCAUGGCCAAGAGUGUUGCAGAUGGCAACAAGGAAAUUCAGGGAGGAUAUGCCUCCAACGAUGGGUUGAUCACCGGAUUUUCUCACAUGCACGACAGCGGCACGGGUGGUGGUGCGUCCCUGGGCAACUUUCCUCUCUUUGCCCAGACUGGCUGUCUCAACGACGACAUCAAUAAUUGCUACUUCCCUUCGUCCUUGCGAGCCUCGGAAAAGAUCAACAGCACAGUUGUGGCAAAGCCAGGCUAUUUCGCCCUGCAGCUCAACACCUCCGUCAAGGCUGAGAUGACUGUCACCAACCAUACGGCCCUCUACAGAUUCUCGUUCCCAACUGACGGCACCCCGACCAAGCUCCCAGCGGACGGAAAGACACCGUAUAGCCCUCUCAUCCUGGCAGACUUGGCCGACCUUUCUGGCUCCCGAAGUGCUGCAGUCAUCUCGGUUGAUGCCCACACUGGCCGCAUCUCGGGCAACGGCACCUUUAGGCCCUCAUUCGGCAUUGGUACUUACAACGCCUAUUUCUGCACAGAUUUCAAGGGUGCCAAGCUCCGCAACACGGGCAUCUUUGUCAACAACCGAGCCGGCAGCGACCACAAGAGCUUCCGUGCCUACGAUGAUGGACAAAGCCCAGUUUUGCCAGCUGGUGCCUGGGCUCAGUUUCAUCCGCCAACCAAUAACCAGAUUUUGGCUCGCGUUGGGCUCUCAUUCAUCAGCACUGCUCAAGCCUGCCACAAUGCCGAGAAGGAAAUUCCCAAUUUUGACUUUGAAGCCGUCAGAUCUGACGCGGAAGAUGCUUGGCGCAAGAAACUCAGUGUCAUUAAGGUCGAUAAUACCGGUGUGAGCGACUCGCUUCAGCGAACAUUUUGGAGUGGCAUCUAUCGCACUCUGCUUUCACCUCAGGAUUAUACCGGCGAAAACCCCCUAUGGAAGAGCAACGAACCCUACUUUGACUCCUAUUACUGCAUCUGGGACAGCUUCCGAAGCACGCAUCCCCUACUCACACUGGUUGAUCCUCAUGCUCAGGCUUUGAUGGUCCGCAGUCUCAUUGACAUCUACCGACAUGAGGGCAAGCUACCAGACUGCCGCAUGUCACUUUGUAAGGGCUUUACUCAAGGCGGCAGCAACGCCGACAAUCUGUUGGCGGACUCGUAUCUCAAGGGCUUGAAAGACGGUAUCGACUGGGAUACGGGCUACAAGGCAGUUGUCUCUGAUGCUGAAGAAGAGGGCCAGAUCUGGACGGUCGAAGGCCGUGGAGGCUUGCAAAGCUGGAAAAAGCUGGGUUACAUCCCAACAGACGACUGGGAUCCCAAUGGCUACGGCCUCUUCACUCGAUCCAUCUCCAGAACCAUCGAGUAUUCGUACAACGACUUUUGCAUUGCCGAGAUGGCCCGUGACCUUGGAAAGCACGCGGAUGCUGAGAAGUAUUUGAAGCGCUCGGGCAACUGGAAGAACAUGUUUGAUCCGCACUCCAAGUCCAUGCUGAACUUGACCGGAACCCAGGACCCCAGCCAGUUUACCGACAGUGGAUUCACAGGCUUCUUGCAGCCUCGGUAUCUCAAUGGCACAUUUGGAUUCCAAGAUCCCGCUAUCUGCACUGAUUUGUACAACUUCGAGGGCUGCUACCUCAAUCCCGGUGGCCAUGAGACCUACGAAGCUGGCUCGUGGCUCUACACCUUUUACGUGCCCCACGAUCAGGCAACUCUCAUCACCACGCUUGGAGGCCCUGACGAGUUCGUUCGCCGGCUCAGAUACAUGCACGACACGCCUGGCUUGUUUUACAUAGGCGACGAGCAAGCCUAUCUCCUUCUGUUCAUCUUCCACUAUGCUGGAAGACCUGGAAUUUCCGCCGAGUACGCGCACAAGUAUAUUCCGAGCGCCUUCAAUGACACAGCAAGUGGACUCCCAGGCAACGAUGACUCGGGCGCCAUGGGCAGCUUCACGGCACUGACCAUGCUGGGCCUAUACCCCAUGAGUGGACAAGACGUCUAUAUCAUUAUCCCGCCGUUCUUCCCCGAAGUCAAACUUACCGAUCCACGGACGGGAAAGACGGCCAUCAUUCGAAACAUCAACUUUGAUGCUGGCUACAAGAACAUCUACAUCCAGAGUGCCAAAUUGAAUGGCAAGCCGUACACCAAGGGCUGGGUGACGCAUAGCUUCUUCGCUGACGGUGGUGUGCUGGAAUUGACUCUUGGACCUAAGGAGAACACUAAGUUUGGAACCUCCGAAAAGGACUUCCCGCCGAGCGCGUCAAAGGACUUCUGGAAAUGA